GAGAGAGCAGUGAGAGAAUAGUGAAGGCAAUGAGGGCAUGUUGUCUGUUAUGAUGAAGUGAAUACACUGUGUAAACAUUCGAAUAAACAUGUUACUGUAAUAGGGUAUAUAGACAUUCUUAAUUAAGGUGUAAUAAUGUUGGAAUUCAGACAUUGGGAAUUGAUUUUAGUGCUUCUUAAUUUGUGGCUAGGGACUUCGGCUUCUACUCACUGGGUUGUCACUGAAAAUGGGAAAAUUCAACCACAGUUGGACUCUCCUUUCCACAUGCGGCGGCCGUACGACCUCCUGUCCUUGCUGGAGCAGGAGAAGCGGGCGAUGGAGAUAGAGCGACUCUACCACGAAAUGGUACAGCGCAAGGUGGCUAUAGACGAGGAGUGGGCAGGGCUAGAGAGUGCCACGGAGCUUGAGAACCGCCUCUACACAACUGAUCCUGAUUGUCUACAAGCAGGCAAGCCCCUGUCGGACAUUGAUCUGUACACCAGCAUAGCAGCAGAUGGUCUGGGCAGAGAGGGCAUUCACCUGGAAGAGUUGGUGCCUAGAGAGGUUCCUCAGGACACUCCAGAACAACCGGACUGUGGACUCCUGGAUCUAGGCUUUACUAUGCGGACGUUUCCUCAUCUCCAGGUGUUGUCGUGGAACCUUACAACAGAGCCAGAGCUGUUGGAAGGAGUGGGGGAACUAAGUGGUCCGCACAUAGCUGCCGGUCUAGGCCGCAACCACAGUUCCUGGUUCCUACACAACCUUGCAGCAUUGUACUGGCGCUCGCGGGGCGAUGCCGGCCGGGCACUACAGUGUGUCAAGCGUGCCGUGCAUCUGGCACCUCGCCAGUACCGGGAUCUGCCACUGCUCAACCUGGGCUGUCUGGUCCAGCAGGCACGCUGCCCCGCCGAGGCCGCCAUACUACUACAUGCCGCUGUCGACCACGCACCCCAUGCAGCGGCCUCACACCUCGCACUUGCCAAUGUCUACGCAAUCCUUGGUGACUACAACAGGUCUGUUGCCUGCUAUGACAACGCUCUCAAGCUGAAUGCCCACUGGUCACUAGCAGAGAGGAACAGGUUUGCAGUCCUCUGUCACCACAAGCUGGAGAAUUCUCUGUAUCAGCUGCACAGGUCUCUUCAGGGUAUCCUGAGUCAGCUGCAUGACUAUCACAGUCUACAAGAACAGUGGUUGAAGCACCAGGAGCAGCUUAUGUACCAGCAGGCUCCUCUGGAAGUCAAGCUACAGAGCUUCCAACAUGAGCCUCUUUCUGCUCUUCUUAGCCACAGAGCAGACAAGUGUGUGCCCCAGAUCCAGGACGGUAGCUCAGUACUCAGCUGUGACAGCCGACUGGUGGCCCACCACCUUCAGAUUGACAUCACUCUCUCACUGCAAAUGCUGUUGAAAAAUGUCGAAACUCAGGCCCAAAAGAUCAGUGAACAGAUGUCCCGGAGACUGAUGACGUCCAAUGGGGUGGAGCCUCACAGGUCUGAAGAGGAGGAGGAGGAGGACAAGAGGGACCUGGACGAGGGUGAGGGAGGGUUAGAGAUAUUUGUGGAAGGGGCCGAAGAGGAACCAGAGCCUACCGUGCAGUACCGCCAGCAUAGACUGCAAGCACUAAAGAGAAUGGGAGUGAAACUGCAGGGCUCCGUGUUGAACUUCAUUGAAGAUCUCAUGAAGAGCCGAAAGAUUGACCAACAGAUGCUAAUGCCAAAGCAACAGUGCACUUCAACUAGUUUUAACGCAGAUGGGUGUACUGAAGACUUGAACCACUGGUUGACAUCUAAUUCUGCGGAGGAAGAGGCUCGGCAAUUCCAAGUGUUGCCGAUUGCCCAGUCUCUGGGUAUUGUAGAAGAAGGCAGUUGGUUACAAAAUACAUCUUCACAUGUUAUUGCCACACUCAUCAUCACAUGCAUCCAGCUCAGUCAGUGGGACUCGUCAGAAAUACCUGCUACCAAAGAGGUACCACAGUGCGCCAGCGUACCUGGCCCUCUGACAGAACUGUCUCCCGAUAAGUUUCAUCACAUGGCACCUGAGCCCAGACUACACACAGUGUUCCACUCUUUACUGCUGGAUAGUGAGGUCACCCUGACAGACUUCUCCGCCCAUCUCUCACACGCACUCAAGGACAAGUCGAGACACGAUCCUUCCUCUGCGUGGCUUCUAGAGACUGCUGCUGCCAUCUACUGGCGACGGGUGGGUGACACUCAUCAGAUGGUCUCUUGCCUGCAAGCCGCGGUGCACAAGGCUCCUGCUGACCUCCGAGACAUUCCACUACAUCAUGUAGCACACAUGUUGCUCACGUUGGGUCACCGUCACGAGGCUCUCUUGUUGGCCAGUUUGGCUCUCCAAGUGUCUCCUCGCUCUAUCAAUGCUCACAUGGUGCUGUUCCACACAUACCUGGCUCUGGGUGAACCAGAGAAUGCUCUGAAGUAUGGAAAGGCUUCACUGGCCCUCUACCAACAAGCUCACAGUACUUCUCCCUGACCUCCCUGUCCUGUCUCACAGGAUGUUUCAUCUCUGCUACUUAGUCCAGUAGCUCUUGUUUGUCAUCUUCACUCCAUUUAUGAUUAAGUUUUAUCCUUUGCACAGUAAUUUAUUCAAGGUCUUUUUUAAAAAUAUAGGGCCAUUGGCUAACGUGAGUACGAAGAUUUUAUUCGAUAGUCUGGUCAUCAGAUGGAUCAAACUUCCUUUCUUUGGAUUUUUUGUAUGUAUACUCAUUUGGAGUUCAUUAUAAAAUGCACUUAAAUAUACAUAAAAUAAUUUGUCCAAUCUUAAAAUUAUACAACGGAAAGAAGAAGAAAAGUAUAACCAAUUAGCGUGAAAUAUAUUCUGAAUAUACUUAUCUACAACACUUGAUAUAUCAUCAGUUUUUAGUUUACUUCAUUACUAUGAUUUAUUAUAGCUAACAAUAAAUCAAUUAAAUAAUGGUAAAUUAAAAAAAAAACCCGUUAACAUUUACAACCAUACACAAGAGAACACUAGCUGCUGAACAUUCACAGAUCAGCGGAACUGAAUAACAUGCAUCUUUUAUAAAUUUUAAAAUCAACAAACUGACGCUUUUAUAGUCAGUAUAAUUAUAUGAAAACAGUGUAUUAAAAAAAAAUGUGAAGUCGGCCUCAGCGUUUUCUGCACUUAUUGACUUAAUUUAUGAAUCAGUAAUCUAAAAAGGUUAAGAAAACUGAAUAAUACUUUUGACUCACAAUUUUUUAUAUCCUGUAUGUGUAUUAAAAAAGGGGUGUUUAAUUGUGUCGAAAAAUUUACAUAAUUGAAACUUCUUGCUAUUUUUUUACACCUAAAUACCUUAGAAAAUGUAGUUUUUUGUCAAAAAGUAAAAAGUUAUAGAGAGAAAUAUUAUUUCUAGAAAACAGUUCUCAAUUUAAUAACUGAAAAGCAGUUUGUGGCCUUGUUAUCUUUCAUUAGGAAUGAUAGGAACAGUUUUUCAUUUUUAUUAUAUUUCCAAGAGGGACAUGGGCGAAAUUCUCCUCUUGAGUAACACUAAAAAAUCUGUUUACAUGAUAAGGGCUCAUAGAUUGUUAUAUGGAAGUUUGUUAGAAACAGCACUUUUACUUACAAUAAUAUUGCAUUUACUUAACUAUUUGUUGAGUUAAAAAUUACAAUUUUCUAAGGUAUUUGUAAAAAAUCCUAAAGAUUUUUUUAACUUGAAAUUAAUUAAAUUAAAUUUUAUUUCUAAAUCAGAUAUUUUAAAUGUUUUUAGUAUAUUUUGACGUAUUUAAAAAUUUAAACCUGGUAGACAGUUGAAACUUUAAAAAACAUUGAAACUUGAUAUUUUUAUUUUCAGUGUUUUUGCCAGUUACCUAAUGUGUCUCCCCCUUUUAAGACAAUGUAUGCCAUAAAUUACAUGUAUUUAUUCAGCUUUUAUUAAAUUAUAUCACAAGAAAUAGCUAAAACAUGGUUACAUUUACACUUUUACACAUGGUUAUCUAGAUAAACAUUGUAUAUAAUUAACGACUGACUAAUUAAUUUAAUUCUAAUAAUGCGUAAUUUUACUUUAUUUAUUUGAAAUUUGUUUUCAAAGACAUAAAGUCAUGAAUUUAUUUGUAUAUUUAUAAGAAAAGAAACAAAAAUGACUCAAUAAAAACCUUUAACAGUUACCUUCAUCUAAGCAAAGAAUGGGUGAGAUUUUGUGCUGACUAGACUUAACCUUAUUUCUAUUUUUAAAACCAUUACGGUUGUAACUUGACAAUAUUCAAUGCCUUAAUGUCACAUCUCUGUACUUAAAAACUGCAAAGAAAACCCUUUUCGUAACACACUUGUAAGCGUUGUUUCCAAAAAACGUUAAACUUAUUUUCCACCUUUGAGUGAUAUUUGUGUUUUGUAGCUGUCAUAAAUCUAAUCUUCAAUUUACAUUAGAAAAAAUGUUAAGACGUGUUAAUAUAUUUGUGUGAGACAAAUUGUUUUUCUUUGCGAACAUCCUCUCAGACAUUCCUGUGACCCAUGUAUCUAAUGUACUUAAAAAGUGUUAUUUUCACAAUUUACCAUACUGGACUCAUUGUUUUAGCUGUAAGUUUUAGUCAUUUUAGUUUAUUCUAGUUUACUUUUUGUUAUUACUCUUUAGUUGUUAUUUAUUAGUUUAUGUCUGCCACUACAUCGAUUUAUACUUUGUAUUUAUAUAUAUUUUAAUUUUAUUAUCCAGUCGUAAUACAAGAAGCAUUUUUAUUUAUGUUCAAAGUGAAGUAUUUUUCUUUAUGGUAUAUACAGUAACUACAAUCUAUUAUAGAAAGUUCAAAGGUAUAAUAUCUACUAUUUUUAUUUUUCUCUGUUUUAUUAAAAUGUUGAUAUUAUGGAUAAUAUAAAAGCCUAAAUUGUUAUUGUCAGAAUAAGAUUACCAAUUUAUUUUCCAUACGAUUUGAAAAUAUAAUUUAAAGCAACUUGCUCGUGGCAGAAUUAGUGCCACCUCCAUUUGUUUAGUAUUUUCUUUUUUUCCUCUCUCAUUUCUUCUCAUGAUAUGGUUUAGUUUUAAUUAUCCUUUGUAUACCUAUCUUCAAGAUUAUUAUUUAGAUGGAUAUGUUUUAUUUGUACCAUAAUUAUUUGUUUUUACAUAUUUAAAUUUAUGAACAAUAUCUAAAAAAAGAGUACUAGGUUUGAAGACAGACUCUUUUGUUUUUGAGAAUAUGCAAAAAUUGAUUUUCAUUUUGUUUUUUUUUUUUUUUUCGUCAAAUAAUUUAACCCUUUGAUGAGUUUUGACUCACCCAUUACGUACACAGCUUUCUGUGCGUUUUGACAUACUUGGUUAUGUUCUGUAACCUUCGAUAGAAUUUUGUACAUUUUCGUAGUAAUUAUUUGGAUUGCAUACUAAAUUGUUCUGAAUUAAAUGAGUAAUUGAUUUCUAGUACUGAUACACGUAAGUAAAUUCAAUGUAUUUCAUCUAUGUAUUCUGUCAACCUCUGUCUCCAUCCAGCUGAGAGCUGCUGACGUUGCCGUUGCUCAUGAAUCACCUGGCCGGUUAUUGAAUUGUUCCAUUCAUAUUUACAUCGUCUUUGCAUCGAUUUUAGUUUGGAUGGAACAUCUUUUUCCAGGUGUUACAAUUGAAAUAAUUAUGUGGUGAUUAGUUUUUGUUGUGUAAUCCAGAAUUUUGAGUGUUUAUAUGAACUAGACUACUGUCAGUGGCCAGUCUACAUUCCGGUUUUGUUUGAUUCUUGUUUCUCUGGAUUUGACUAAACAUAAAUAUUUUACGUCGUUCUAAAUUUAUGGCUGGAAAAAGUAAUAAGGGACUGUUAAAUUGACAGGACAUAAUAGACAUUCAGAUUAUGACAGUGAAUUUGAAAUUGAAGUGACUAUUUAUGAUUUAGAUUGUGAGGAUGCAAAGAGUAGGCCUAAAUGAUGAUCCUAUUUAUAGGAAUUGAAACAGGCCUAGGCCUCUAUUUAUAAAAAUAAUAAACCUUAAAUAUCAGAAAUAAUACACAACAUAAAUUAUAAUACCAUAUCAUCAAGCCCAUACUCAGACUGGUUUUUUCGGACAAUUUUUACUGGGGUCCAGGACCUCAGCGGACCGUGGGCCAGGACCCACGACACGACUACCGGGUGACAGGAGCAUGGUGGCGGUACAUAAAGAGGCCCGUCUGAAUAUCUUUUGUGGAGCCCGCCAAAGCUGAGUACAGCCCUGUAUAUCAUAACACUAGAGUACAUAUUAUAUGAUAAUGAGUCCAGCCAGUUUUUGAAAUAAGUAACACAAGGAGGUGGGUAUAAAUGAGAUAAGACACAUCAAAGGGUUAAUACUCACUUGUAACAUGGAGCCUACCUACUAUAAAAACUUGAUCAGUAAAUUGGAAUUUUGAAAUAUUCAAUGUUUAAGCAGUGGUGGGCAGAGUAUCAGUUUCACUUUUUCUUUGAGGAUAAUUCAAUGUAUCAAUUGUUAAAGCAGCAACAGCAUUUCAAUUAACGAUCUUAGUAAUUCUGCAAAGUGAAGAAGUUAUAUAUUUUGGAAUCUGCUUAUCAUUCAUUUAAAUACUCCUUAUAAAUGUUUAUUAUUCUUCAUCAACGUAUGAUGUGUAGUUUUAGAUUACCAUAUAGUAUUUUAUUGCAAGGCUUCUUAUUGUAUACCUUGCAUUGCUGUGUCUUGGCUCUUGGUACAUAUCAUGCGAGAAUCUUCUGUUUUUAGUUUCUUCAGAUGAGUUCAGUAAGGUAACACAAAACGAAGACUUCAAUUUAGUUUUUAACCAUUGAAAAUUCUUAGUUUACUAUUAUUUUAUACUAGCUUAUGAUCUAGCCAACAUGUUUCUUUACGAAUUGUAACAUUUUUAUUAAAAAACUUUCUUGAUGACA